AUGGACCCCAACGCGCACGGCGAGCCCGAGCUCCUCCCAAGUCCCACCAGCCCCACAUACACCCCCUUCUCCACCACCUCAGCGUCCCCAUCUAUCACAGGCCUCGUCCCUUCCUCCGCUGGCGAGAUCCCGGAUAAUAGACGAUGGUGGAUGAAACAGCCUGCGAAGCCGGGGAAGAACUCUACCGAGUCUGCUCUUGAAUCCCAACCACCACCUUCCCAAACACGUACCGCCCCCUCCCAAGUACCCCAAGUACCCCCAGAACCAGCCUCUCCCGUCCCUUCCUCCUCCUCUUCUUCCUCGGCAGAUUCCACCACCCCCUUCGAAGCCGACAUCGAAAAGACCGCCGGUCUUCCCCCUUCAUCCACCCCUUCCCGAACCGUCCAGCCUGUCAUAGAGGAGAAGAAGAAAUUCUCAUUCUCUCUGCGGCGCAAAAAAGGCGUCAGAGAUAUCCUCCCCGCCCGACUGUAUAAAGACAGACACAAUUCGAUCUCUAUGAUCCACAUCACCGCUUUUGGUACGGCUUUUGUCGUAGCUGGUUUACUUGGGGGGUUGUUCUAUUGGAUGGUGAAUAAGGAUAAUCAUGACAAUGUACAAUAGGCUUAUAGAUAGCACGUUGAUCGUUGCUUCCAAUUUGUAGAAUAGUUUGACGACGGUGUUUAGUAUAGUGUACUUGUACGAGUUGGUGAAGACCUUGAAGCAUAUGCUCGAU